CGGCCGCAUCAACCAGCGACCUCGCCUGCAGCAAUCUGACCCGUGCUACCGGAACUACUCUGCUCUCUACGCCGUCUUGGCCGCUUCUUCCAAGCCGAACUUCAGUACAUAGACGCUAGCCGUCAGCUGUUCCCUCGCGCCCAGUCCUGUGGCCUGGGAAUUGGGCCCGUCGCCAUCUGCCUGCUUCGCGUUUGUUUGCAUGCGCAGACAACCCCAUCCAGGGCUCAUUGUACAUUAUGACAGACCCAUUGACGGAAUCGGAGCCGCUCGACCCCAACAGAGUGGAGCAGACCAGCGUGCAUGAGAGUAACGUGGCCGGCGUCGAUGCUCUGGCGCUCAAGAAUCAGGCGAACGCCGUGUUGGAACACGCCGCCAUCAGUGGCGAGUACAGGAAUGCUCCUCCUUCGGACCAUACAGACACGGUCCACCCACCAUUACAUUCCGACGUUCUCAAAGCUCACUCCGAGCGGCGAGAGCAGUCUGGCACGUCCGCGCCUCUGAAGACCCAAACGCAACCGCCCUACGAACCUGCCCCUCUCCAAAUCGACACCAUCACCACCUCUCCCAACCUUUCCAAACAUGUGAUUCCCGUGGCAGAGGGUGCGACGGGCACUCUACCGGCGAUGCACGCCAUGUCACCGAUCGAGGGCACGAGCGGAUCCCCGCAAGGCGCGAAAUUGCCGCCGCUGCACCAGAUCACCGGCCAGAUGCAUGACCCAUUGAACGUAUUUGCUGAGGUCGCUGCGCAGCAAGACCCUCGCGGCCAAGCUUACGCGCAUCACCACAGCCAUUCGGUGGGAUCGGCUACGUCUCAAUCGCCCUUGGCCACGCACCAUGCCUACCCUGCUGCACAGCAUACACCGCCCGCCCUGCCGUACGCGCAUGGCGCACGAUCCCCCCCACGAGCCCCGCUAGACCAGCCCUUCUAUGGAUCCCCACCACAGCACCCUCCUUCGGCCUAUUUCGCGCAUCGGAGGCCACUGAUACCAAGCGAUGGUGGAGCGCCGCCACACCCACACCUGCAGCCCUCGCACUCCUCGUCGGGGGAGAGCUUGGGGCAUGCAAGCGCGUCCACGACGGAUGGGUAUAGCACCGCUCGGACCACACCGCCGGCGGUGGCGCAGGCGUCGGAUGGCCCGCCUCGAGCCGUCCUCCCUCCACCGCCAGGUAUGGGGAGUACACCAGGCUUCAAGUGUGACUAUCCAGACUGCAACGCGCCCCCGUUUCAAACGCAAUACUUGCUCAGCUCUCACCGAAACGUGCACAGCUCUACUCGCAACCAUUUCUGUCCAUAUGAGGGGUGUACACGCGGGGAGGGAGGCAAAGGGUUCAAGCGGAAGAAUGAGAUGAUUCGACAUCAGCUCGUGCACAAGAGCCCCGGGUAUGUGUGCCCGUUCUGCCCGGAUCGAGAGCACAAGUACCCUCGGCCGGACAAUUUGCAGAGACACGUGCGCGUGCAUCACGUGGACAAGGACCGCGACGAUCCGGAGCUGUGGGAAGUGCUUGCGAAACGAAGCGAGGGCAGCGGUAAGGCGAGACGGCGGCGAAAUACAGGGACAUCUGCUUGAGAUCUUCAACGUCAGCAGAGCAGUGCAGUGCAUGGGGAAGGCUUGGUCAGCCGCGGAUAGGCGCGGGCAGCGGCCUCCAUGUUCGUGGUUUGUUAGGCAAGGCAAGGAAAGCAAAGGCGGGAUUAUGAUGAAUCAAGUCACACUAUCGAGGACAGCCGGGCAUGGACAUAC